AUGAGCAGCAGUUCUGAGGGAGGCGCCGCCGGCGACGACGCAGUCGCUCGUUCACUGCGCUUCCUGCUUGACCGCAUCUGCCACAGCCACAACAGCAGCAGGGCCGGCGGCGCAGCGGCAGAGAAGCGGGCAAGGUCUGGCCUGCUGCGUGCCGUCGCCGCCGCACCCGAGGCGCCGCUGCCGGCGGGCACGCUGGACGAACUGCAGCAGGCGCUCGAGAGGAUGCUGGCGCAGCGCGUGCCCAACCACCGUUUUGAGUUUGUGCUGGAAUUCCUGGUGGAUCUGGUUGACACGCAGAACUCAGCUCGUCACCAGCAGGUUGGAACUUGCGGAAGCCUUUCAAAGCGCGCGUGCGUCCCUCUGUAUUACUUUGCAGCAGGGGGCCGAGGUGGCGCAGACAUGCAGUCCAGCCCCUGUCAUGACGGCGGCCUGGCUGCGCUCGCCUGCGGCUGA